GGAGCGGCGGCCACUGCGCUGCGUUGUGCUAACCCUGGUGGUGCUGGCCCUGCAGUGCGCGCAGCUCCUUCUCGAGGAGCUCAUCUGGGAGCAGAACCAACUCUACCUCGAAGCCAAGGUCGCCUACAGUGACCUCCUCCCGGAGGGGCCGCAACGCCUCCACCAGGUGCAGGCGUCCCACGAGACGCUCAUGCUACAAUGGGUGAUGGACCAGCGGCUCAACGUGGACAUGCUGGUGGGUCGGCCCCGCGUCAGGCUGCUCUACGUCAAGAACAGCACCUGCUUGUACCCGGUGUUCCGGAGCGAGUGCUUCAAGAGACUGGACCUGAGCCACGCCGAGGAGGAAAUAGACACUUACAGGAGCUUUGAGCAUGUGACACUGGAGGGCGUGCAGUGUCCUCCGCUGCUGGACGCCUCCAACCUGACGCUGACGUACCACAGCGACACCGACCUCGGCUUCCUGAGCUCCGAGGCUUGCUUCAACUGUGAAUACCCUCCAGGCGGCCAUGUGCUGGACAUCCCGCGGCCCAACCUCACCGCGCAGCCCCUCAGCGAGUACGCCGCGAGCUGCCUGGCGCCGCUCAACAGGGAAAUCUUCAGGAAGUUCGUGGACGCGAGCACGCGGCUCAUCCAACUAGACUUUACGUUCUACGCCAAACGUCCCGACGUGUUCCUGCGCGUCACGUUGGCCUUCCAGGCGUUUGACCUCAACAGGUGGUGGCCAACCCACACGAUAGAGACGGUCCACCUGCCGGGGCUCUUCCGGAGGGGCAACUACCACACCGUUGUGGACGACGUGAAGGUGGUGGUGCUGCCCGCCCUAGUGCUGCUGCUGCUGCUGCUCCGCGCCGUGUGGGAGCCCAAGCAGCACCUACAGUACCGCCUCUUCCUCACCCUGGCCACGGUGGGCCUGAUGGCGUGGCGGCUGUACUCCCAGGUGAGGGCGGUGCUGCGCUACGACGAGCUGAUGGCCCCGCUGCCGACCGUCCCAGGCGACGCCACGCACCUGCACAAGGUGGAGCGACUCAUGGAGGAGCAGCGACACUUCCCCUUCUUCUACCUGAUAAGCCAGACCAAGGCCGCCCGGGACGCCGGCAUCGGGCUGGUGCUGGUGAGCCUCCUGCACCUGUGCCAGUACGAGAACUACUGGUGGCACGAGGUGACGCUGCUGGUGGUGGGCAUCCGCAAGGCGCUAAAGUACUCGAUCCCCUUCAUCUGCUACUUCCUUUCUCAACAUCGUGUCUACUUCUUCGUGGCCUCCGUCGUGCUGUACCUCGUGCUCUUCAACUUCACCUUCUGCUACGUCUUCGGGAUGAUGACGGAGGUGCGGCGCCUCAAGACCCGUCAGCUCAUGUUAGAGAAGCAUGACGACCAGGUGGAGAAACUUAAUUGGCCGGUCGUCAGGUGUCACCGCGGCGCCGACCUGUCCCUCGAGGAUCAGCUGAGGCUCGUGACCUUGAUGAACUUUCUCACGCAGCGCAAAGACUAG